UUCUACAGGACCUACGAAAUCAAAAGGCAAAAGUUUCUACUGGAGAUCUAUAACCUGCCAAAAUACUCCCCUGUACCAUCAUCUUGAAGAAUUAGAACAAAGCCAGAAAAACAAGAACCCAAGAAAGAAAAAAAAAAAAAUCAUGGGUUUGAUUCCAAAAUCUGAGCUUUGUAACCUCCCAUUAACACUACUGCUAAUCCUGUUGUUUUCAUCAGUAAUUUUCUCAGUUUCUGGAGAGGCAUCAGAACCCACAGCUUAUGAAAUACUCCAAAAGUAUGGUCUCCCAAUUGGGCUUUUACCAGACUCAGUAACAUCCUACAGUCUUUCUGAAGAUGGGGCUUUUGAAGUUCAUCUGGAAAAGCCCUGUUAUGUUCAGUUUGAUUAUCUGAUUUAUUAUGAAAAGAAAAUUACUGGGAAGCUCAGUAUUGGGGCCAUAACUGAGUUAAAAGGCGUUCAAGUUAGAAGAUUUCUGUUUUGGUUUGAUGUUGAUGAGAUCAAAGUUGAUUUGCCUCCUUCUGAUAAUAUCUAUUUUACUGUUGGGUUUAUAAACAAGAAACUUGAUGUGGAUCAGUUUGAAACUGUUCAUUCUUGCAGAGACGAGACGGCUUUGUGUGGACAGUCCUUGAGGAAUGUUUUUCAGCUGCCAACUCCUGUAGAUGAUGUCCAGCUGCUCAUAACUGAGUAGAUGGUUGAAGAUACUGAGCAGCCGCUGGAGGUACCCUGUAGGCAUAUCCUUUUUACAGUCUUAAGCCCAUCAGGAUUUCCACUAUUGGCCGUGGUGGAAGAUGUACUAUCUGGUUAGAAUAUUAAGAACCUAAUUGUAGAUAUAUAUAUGUAAGCGUAUUUCCUAGCUGACGUUCUUGGUGAACUCGCAAGGGAAAAAUAAAGUCUUAAGUGUACCUAAGAUGAGUUCCCUGUAAGGCUCAUCAACCAGAAGUGUUCCAAAAAACUAUCUAUAGAUACUUGUGGAGCUAAUGGUAUUGUUAUGUUCUAGUCUAAAUGCUUGUUCUUGCUAAAACUCGUAAUGAAAUGUUAUUUGAUGCAUUGGCUUUAGUGA